AAUUAUUGUAAGAACACAAACAGUUAUGUGCUGUUGAUAACGAAUUUAAACCAGCUCUGCUAUUAGUAUACCAGACACUGUGAGAGACACACGUCAACCCUAGAAAAUACAAAAUGGGGGUCAAAAAAGAAAAAAAAAUAAAACUCGAAGAAAAUAUCGUUGAAUCGUCACUUUCUUUCUUUCAAAUAUUUCGUUACGCCACGUGGUUGGAGCUUACGGCCACAAUCUUGGGGACAGUAUUCGGACUUCUCAGUGCUGGAGGUGUCACCUACAACCUGAUGCAAGUUGGAGAAAUGAGCACUGCCUUUGUUGAGAGAACUGUGCCGCCGGACAGAUUGACCAGUAAAAUGCCUAUAAUGUCUCUAUUUGGAGGCGGUCGGAGAUUAUACAAUGCCACGCACGAAGAAAAUAUGGCUGCUUUGAUCGAAGAUGCACAAGCUGUGGCUAUAGGGGCAUUUGUCAGUAUAAUCUUCUCGAUAUUAUGCAACGUUCUAUCGGUGGCUUUGGUAAGCUGGAGUGCACUCAAACAGAUAACUACCAUACGAAAGCUGUUUCUGACAGCAGUACUUCGUCAAGACAUGACUUGGUUUGAUACCGAUUCUGAUUUCAAUUUAGCUUCGAAAAUGUCUGAAAAUCUAAUGAAGCUUAAAGAAGGCAUGGGUGAGAAAUUGGCCGUGGUAUCUAACUUAGUAGGCACCUCCAUCAUAUGUUUAUGCACUGCGUUUCCGCUGGGUUGGAAACUUGCGCUCGCUUGCAUCACCGUUAUGCCAUUCUCAAUAAUGGCUUCUGUCGCUCUUACAAAUUAUCAAACCAAAUCCUCUAUUCGAGAAAUGGAAUCUUACAGUCAAGCUGGAAAGCAAGCCGAAGAAGUAUUAAAAUCUGUAAAGACGGUCGUGGCAUUUGGUGGAGAAAAUAUUGAAGUUCAACGUUACAAAUCAUUGUUAGAGCCCGCUGAAAUAAGUGGAAGCAGACGCGGCUUAUUCACAGGACUGGGAAACGGUUUUAAUUGGGUUCUCACGUAUUCUCUAAACACAAUUGGAUUCAUGUAUGGCACUCGACUCAUUAUUGAAGAUGCCAACAAACCAGACGACGAGAGAACUUACAUUAUUGGAAUUGUAUUAAGUAUUACGUUUUCGGUGUACAUGGCGACACAAUCGAUUACGCUCUGUGUGCCUCAUAUGGAAGUGUUCGCGACGGCCCGUGGUGCGGCCGCCAGUAUUUUUAGCUUGUUGGACAAACACCCUAAAAUUGACUGCCUAAGUGAGGCGGGUUCUUCUCCGCGAAGAGUCAUAGGGGAAAUUUCUUUAGAAGACGUACACUUUAGUUACCCAUCUCGUUCGGAUAUUAAGAUCUUGAAGGGAUUUUCUCUUCACAUAAAACCCGGAGAAAGCGUGGCGUUGGUUGGCUCAUCUGGUUGUGGCAAAUCAACUAUACUCCAACUCCUGCAAAGGCUAUACGAUCCUAAUCAAGGCUCCGUGAAACUAGACGGGAGAAAUUUGAAAACUCUAAACAUAGGAUGGCUACGAUCUUCGUUGGGUGUGGUAGGACAAGAGCCUGUCCUUUUUCGAGGAACGAUUUACGAUAAUAUAGCCAUUGGGUAUCCAGAAGCAACAAGUGAAGAUGUUUACAGAGUAGCAGAAAUGGCUUAUGCACAUGAAUUCAUCAAGAAUUUACCAAACGGCUAUGAAACAGUGAUAGGUGAGCGUGGAGCCUCAUUAUCCGGCGGUCAGAAACAACGCAUAGCCAUAGCACGAUCACUUCUACGUGAACCAGCUGUUCUGCUGUUAGAUGAAGCUACUUCAGCAUUAGAUCCUCACUCCGAAAAACAAGUUCAAGCUGCAUUGGACAGAGCAAGCGUUGGCAGAACCACACUAACAGUCUCACACAGAUUGUCGACUAUCGUGAAUUGCCAUCGAAUUAUUUGCAUGGAUCAAGGAACUAUUAUUGAGCAAGGGACUCAUGUUGAACUGAUGAAGGCCAAAGGUUUUUAUCACAAACUAGUUACCAGCGGAAAAGAGACCAAAGAGCCAGAAGAAAUUGGAACGGUGCUGGAAGAACAAGAAACAAAACAAAAUGGCGAACUUCAGCCAGCGGUGCGACCCGAACCAGAUGUCAAAAGACGAUCUGUAAGGAAACUUCACAGGCGUCAGUCCGCCAAAGGAGCUCACGAAUGGAUGGCUACACCACGAGGGUCAAUUUCCUCAAUUAUGUCAACAGCCUUACAAAGCCACGCUUACAGCGACACUUAUGAAGUAGAAGAAUUUGAUGACGAUGAGGACGUGACCCCGGUUAGUGAUUGGCAGCUUCUGAAGCUUAAUACACCCGAGUGGCUCUAUCUUACAGUCGGAUCCAUUGCAGCUUUCAUUCAAGGAGCCUGCUUUCCUGUUUUCGCUUUACUAUUGGGCUACACAAGUGGUAUUUUUAUUUUGCCAGACGAGAACGAAGUUUUAUAUUUUGCGGACUUAUAUUCUGGACUGUUUCUCGUUGUGGCCGCAGUUGCUGGUAUAUCUAUGUGCAUCCAAAGCAGUACAUUUACCACUGCAGGAUUAAAAAUGACGACACGUCUUCGUUACAAGUAUUUUUCGGCUUUGUUAAGACAAGAAAUUGGUUACUUUGAUAGAGAAUCGAAUACAGUUGGUGCCGUAUGUGCAAGACUUAGUGGCGAUACAGCAGAAGUACAAGGCGCUACUGGAUUACGAAUCGGUCUUAUUUUGCAAGGAUUCAGUUCGGUUACGGUUGGAUUCAUCAUGGCAAUGAGCUACAACUGGAAACUAACCCUCGUGUCUACAACAUUUUUGCCUUUGAUGGUUGGAAGUAUUUGGUUGGAAGGUAUAAUGUCUCAAAAAUCACAGCAAGAUGAACGAGAAGCAAUGGAAUCUGCUACAGCGAUCGCAACAGAAGCAGUAGUUAGCAUCAAAACCGUUCAGAGCUUAGGUAUUGAAUCUUUGUUUAUUACAAGAUUUCAAGACGCACUGAUAGACGCUUGUGCAGCUGUCGUGAAGAAGAGUCGUUGGCGGGGCUUAGUCCUUGGUUUGUGUAUUUACGUUCCACUGCUGUCUUACUGCAGCGCUGUCAUUUAUGGAGCAGUUCUAGUCGCCCACGGGGAAGUCGAAUACGAAGUUGUUUUACUUGUUACUGAAGCAGUGAUGUACGGAGCAUACAUGCUAGGUCAGUCAUUAGUAUACGCACCGAGCUUCAAUUCGGCAAAAACUUGCGGUGCAAGGAUCUUAUCUAUUAUAAACCGAGAGCCGAGAAUCAGAACAGUAGACGGUCUCAACGAUAAACAGGAUUGGUCCGCAUCAGGAAAUUUCAGCAUCAACGAUGUCGAAUUUAGUUAUCCUACUCGAGCACAUCAGAUGAUUCUCAAAGGUAUUGACUUGCACGUAGAAGCCGGCAAAACUGUUGCCCUUGUUGGUUCAUCAGGCUGCGGAAAAUCAACAGUGUUGCAACUUAUACAGAGAUUCUAUGAUCCCACAACUGGAAAUAUUGAAUUGGACGGUGUGGAUAUAACGAAAAGCUUAACACUGAAUCGCCUCCGAAAACAACUUGGGGUGGUGCAACAAGAACCCAUUUUGUUCGAUCGCACCCUCGCAGAGAACAUCGCGUACGGUGACAACAGUCGCAAACCUACUAUGGAUGAAAUCAUUGCAGCAGCUAAAGCGGCCAAUAUACACAAUUUCAUCGUAUCUUUACCAAAGGGCUACGAAACGAACUUAGGAGCAGGCGGUGCUCAAUUAUCCGGAGGACAAAAGCAGCGAGUGUGCAUAGCGCGGGCCCUCAUCAGAUCACCACGCCUACUCCUCUUGGAUGAGGCAACUUCGGCUUUGGAUGCCAACAGUGAACGGGCUGUAACAGAGGCAUUGGAUCAUGCAGCCAAAGGCCGAACUUGCAUUACUAUAGCUCAUCGUCUAACUACAAUCAAGGACGCUGAUAUCAUUUGUGUUUUGGAUAAAGGUAAAAUAGUAGAAAAAGGCAACCACGCAGAGCUCAUUGGCCUCAAGGGACAUUACUGGCAACUAAGUAAACAGCAAAACGUCACGUGAAGAAAUUUUAAAACAAUUUUAAUAGCAUACAGAUAACAUAAUGAAAUGUCUUAAAUUGUGAAAUUUAAACAUUUACGUUAACAUGUACUUUUGAUAAAGUUCAUGAUCGCAGUAACCGAUUAAAAAUUAACAAAGUUCUCUGCAUACAGGCUACUUAGCUUUUAAUUUUAGAAUGUAAGCAACUCAAUUUAGAAAUAAGAGUACAUUUCGACUGAUUUCAA